AUGGCCGUCUACGACAAAUCGAGCAAACUUAUCGAGUGCACCUCGUUGUUUCAAGGCCGUUGCCGACUCCGAAAUCUGCACAACAUCAGCGAAACUCCGGUCGUCUCUGAAACUCCGGUUAUUGCCAAUGAUGAACCGAGCAGUGCUGUGGUAUUCGUCGGCGGUGGCCCAGUAGAAGAUCGUCACGUCCUCAAGCUUUAUGAGGGCCACAUCGAGAGCAAGCUGGUCAGGGUGUGCAAGGGCGAUCCGAACUACAACUCGUACACUGAGGUCUCUCUAACGUGUAAGAACAAGAAUAUGGACUAUAACCUGCUGACCGACGUCUAUCUGUCGAAGGCUGGCUACGAUUUGGCAAAGGAGCUUGAUAUUCGGGAAAACGACGCUGUCCUCUACGGUGUCUUCCAGCUCGGCGAUCCCACUUCUAGCAAGAAGGAGGUUCCCACCGCCGAAUCCGCGCUGUGUAUCUACUCCAUGCGUGACGUUGAGGAAAUGUUCCGAGAAAACAUCAUGACUUGCUAUCAGGGAGCCGGAAACAAGGGCCUCGAAUGGCUUAACAUCCGCCAAGAAUGCGUGUCCACGAAACUGCGAUGGGAACAACUGAAGUGUGGCAGUGACGUGAACAAGCUGAUCGGAGGAGCCAAGGCGAUUGAGUCGAAGCCCGUGCUGGAAAUGGGUGGAAGAUUCACCGCUGUCGCCGCCAACACGACCCACAGUACGACGAUCGUUUUCAUCGGAACCGAUGAUGGGCGGAUUUUAAAGACGUCCAUCCAGUACCGUAACUCGACGUUCGUCUACGAAGAGUUGCACGUCUCGCCGAAUGAGCCGAUUUUGCAGGAUAUGGAAUUUUCGGAGACCGGGAAAUACGUCUACGUCUUGACGCCGAGAAAGGUGACCCGAAUCCCCACCUCCGAGGUGUGGCUCCUUGGCUACGAGCUGCAGCGCUUGCCCGCAUUCCGCCUAUUCCGGCUAAUCAAUCUUACCUCGUCGCUGCUCUGGCAAUUACGCCAGAAGGACGUACGGCUCCUAUUGCCACCACCAACUUUGCACUUCUACGAUUGUGGGAAGUAUAAGAGCUGCUCGGAGUGUACUAGGAGCCAAUUCCCAUGCGACUGGUGCCUCGAGUCGAACGAGUGUGUCGACGGGAAGUUGACGGAGGACAGAUGCCGUCAACAGAACUUCAUCAAUGGCAUCGCGCGAAAAGGCCAAUCCCCUCCCGCCAGGGGCCCCAACCACUGCCCCUACAUCAAGGCCCCGCACGGCAAGAUGUUUGUCGGAGUUGGGGAGAAGCGGAACGUCUCCGUGAAGGUGGCCAACCUCGACCCGUCCGUCAUGCACAAAUUCCGGUGCUCAUUCCGCAUCGGGCAGCAGCUCCACGAGAAACAGGCCGCACUUGUUGAUGAUGACACCAUUGUCUGCGAUGAGAUGCGCUUCAACCAGCCCGAGCUGAAGAUGAUCAGCGGCACCGCCCCGGUGGACUUUCAAGUGAAUUGGUCAUCUCCAACUUCGGACGUGACGCACGCGUUCGAUAACGUCAACGGGACGGCUGUUGAGUUCGACUGCGGCUGGUGCGAGAAGGAUGCAAAAUGCGUACGACCCCGUGCCUGCCGUUGGCGAAGCCCGAGUGAUUGGCUGAACUCGACGCAGCUUUGCCCUCACCCCGUGAUCAUCUCCUUCGACCCGAAGAAAGGCCCGGCUCACGGCAACACGAAGAUCCGCGUCACCGGCGUGAAUCUCGGACGUUCAGCUGCUGAUCUUCGUGGAGCUGUCCUAGUUGCGAACGUCCCCUGCACCGUCCAAACAGCAGACUUCAUCUCGCCAUCCGAGUUCUAUUGCACGACGAAAAAUGCCCCAGGCGUCGGCUAUAAGGGCCCGAUGAUCCUGAAACUUCAAGAUUCCCCCAUCUACUCUGUGGUCACCACCGAGCAGUUCAGCUACGUCGAGCCGAAGAUCCUGGGCGUGGACCCGGUGGAGGGGCCGACAUCAGGCGGCACCGACCUCGUGCUCACCGGCGAGAACCUGGACUCUGGCUCCGAGAUGAAGAUCAAAAUCGGAGGGUCCGCGUGUAAAGUGUUGGAGCGGAAUGAGAGUCGAGUGUUGUGCAGGACCGGAGCAGCCCCUAUGGAGUCAGGGAUGGCCGAGAGACUAUCGGGAGAUAUGCCAAUUACCAUGGAUGUCGAUGACAAAGAGGCACACGUCCGCCAGGGGCUCAACUUCGCCUACCGGAACAACCCGAAAAUCUUUGAAGUACGGCCGGAACACUCGAUAAUGGCUGGAGGGAUUGUGGUAGAUGUGGCUGGGGAUGGAUUCAAGCUGUUGCAACGGCCACAUAUGCUGUUGUAUGCUGACGGGAAAGCACAACCGAGGAUGGACAACAUCGAGAUGAAGGUGGCCACCGAGUGCAAGGAGGCAUUUGCCGAGCUGCAGACGUCGUUGAACGCGUACUCGGCCGAGUUGCCGCUGGGCUCGUCGAUGGUGCCUUUCUUGGAGUACAAGGAAUACGCGGCCAGAGUGUUGUUCCCAAAUCUGCACAAGCACCCCGUACUCCGCGAACUUGAGGUGGACAGCACGAGGGCGGCUGCGGUGGAGAAUUCGCUGAGGGAGUUCCACAAGCUCAUCCUCAACAAGACGUUCCUCACCACCUGGGUGCGCGUCAUGGAGUCCAACAAGUACUUCCUGGGCAAAGAUCGUGUCUACGUCGGCUCCCUGCUGAUGGUCGUGCUCCAAGAGAAGAUGCCCUACUGUACCGAGAUCCUCAAACACCUUCUCAAAGAACUCAUCGAGCGGACCGUCGAGAAGAAGGUGCUGGAUUGUGAUACGGUCACGCAGGUGAAAGAAAAGUGCCUGGAGGCGAAAUUCCGCGCCAUCCCCUACUCGGAACGUCCAAAGGCCGACGAUCUGGAUCUCGAAUGGCGAACGGGGCUGAAUGGGCGGUUACUGCUCCAAGAUGUCGACAGCACAAGCCGGGUUGAGCCAUCCGGAUGGAAGAAGAUGAACACACUACUCCACUACCAAGUCCCCAACAACGCCGUCAUGGGCCUGAUGGCCAGGCAGAAUAGCUUGUACAAUUUGUCCCUGCUCUCCGAACGAAGCGAAAAAUCGACAAUGUCGAUCAAGAACUCGCCUACGCUAUCCCGGCCAUUUGGGACAUCGUCAUCGUCAUAUUCCCGCGAGCACGACACACAUAACAAGCUCUACCAUCUUGUCAAGACACCCGAACACGGCCCGAACGACUCGAAUGAGAAGAUGGUGUCCGAGAUUUACCUUACGAGACUUCUGAUGAUGAAGGGUACGCUCCAAAAGUUCAUCAACGACCUGCUGGAGGCCAUCUUCUCCACUGGGGGAAAUGCUGGGGGACUACCGUACUGUAUCAAGUACAUGUUCGACUUUAUGGACGAUCAGGCCCAAGAAAACGGGAUUACGGAUCCGGAGGUGGUGCACGCGUGGAAGAGCAACGCAUUACCUCUUCGAUUCUGGGUCAAUUUGAUCAAGAACCCGCACUUCCUCUUCGACAUUCCGAAGCCAACAAAGGUGGAAGGCUGCCUCUCCGUCGUUGCUCAAACUCUAAUGGACGCCUGCUCGACCCAAGAUCACCAACUGACCAAAGACAGCCCCUCCAGCAAGCUCCUCUUCGCCAAGGACAUCUACCAAUAUCGGGACCUCGUUGAUACCUACUACACUGAUAUCCAGCGAAUGGGCCCGAUCCCCGAUGCGGAAAUGCAGGAUAUUCUGGCAGAAGAGAGCCGGCAGCACAAGGGUCAAUUCCACGUGUUCUCAGCCCUGAACGAACUGUACAAAUAUCUCGACCAAUAUCGUGACGGGUUGAUCGAGGCCCUCGAACAUAGUGAAGCUGCGCAGGCGGCCAGGUUGCCGGCACGGUUACAGGACAUGCUGGCGAUGAUGGAGUCUCAGCACGUGCCUGACUACGACGGCUCAACCCUUGGCCAUCAGUACAAUUCGGCCAGUCGACUCAUGGGACGCCAU